GCUCUUCCGUCCUGGCUUGUUUAUCUAUCUGCUGGAGGGAGACUUUCACUUCAGAGUUCUGUCAACACAUGGAAACAGCAGAAAGAUAACGCCAUGGCGUCGACCCUGCGUUUUGCCUUACAAGACACACGCAGGAGUGUCAGAAAACUCUUGAUCGGAGCUACCGGAAGACCUUUCUCUAGUGCGACUUACAAAAGCGAACUUAAUUCCACAAUAGCUUCUUCCCCUGACUUUAAAACAUCUGCAAAAACUUUGACAAGACAGGAGAAGCUUGGGGAGAACAACAUUCCCUUCUCAUCGUUCUUGACGGACAACUUUGGCCGGAGACACAAUUACUUGCGUAUCUCCCUGACUGAGAAAUGCAACCUGCGCUGUCAGUACUGCAUGCCAGAGGAGGGUGUGAAACUUACACCACGAGGUCAGCUUCUGUCCACUGCAGAAGUACUGACGCUCGCUCGCCUCUUUGUCAAAGAGGGCGUGGAGAAGAUUCGUCUCACUGGAGGAGAGCCGCUCAUCAGACCUGAUGUGCUGGAUAUCAUUGCUGAGUUGAGAAAAUUGGAAGGUCUGAAGACCAUCGCGGUGACAACAAAUGGCAUGAACCUGGCCAAACUCUUGCCUCGACUCAAAGAUGCGGGCCUGGACCUGAUCAACAUCAGUUUGGAUUCACUCGUACCCGCCAAGUUUGAAUUCAUCGUCAGGCGAAAAGGUUUCCACAAGGUCAUGGAAGGCAUUGCUAAGGCCAUUGAAAUGGGCUACGACCCAGUCAAGGUCAACUGCGUGGUCAUGCGAGGCCUGAACGAAGACGAGCUGCUUGAUUUUGUUGCUUUGACAGAGAAGAAGCCUUUGGAAGUGCGCUUCAUCGAAUACAUGCCAUUUGAUGGCAACAAAUGGAACUUUAAAAAGAUGGUGAGCUACCAGGAGAUGUUGGAUCAUAUUAAGCAGCAAUGGCCCAACCUAGAAACGCUUCCAACCGGACACUCAGACACGGCAAAGACAUUCAAAGUGCCCGGCUUUAAAGGACAGCUCGGCUUCAUCACCUCCAUGUCGGAGCAUUUCUGCGGCUCGUGUAACCGCUUACGCAUCACCGCAGAUGGCAACCUCAAGGUGUGUCUGUUCGGUAACUCGGAAGUGUCCCUAAGAGAUGUUUUGCGCUCCGGAGCGUCCGAUGAAGAGUUGCUGCAAAUCAUCGGCGCUGCUGUGGGCAGGAAGAAGAAACAACAUGCUGGCAUGUUCAAUAUCUCCCAAAUGAAGAACCGACCUAUGAUCCUCAUCGGCAACAUACAGGCGGACGCUAACUGCUGUUCAACAAAAGGCAUAAAUGUCCGUUUCAAUGAGAAGAAACAGCGAGCAGCCUUUAUCCAAGUACAACAGCACUUGUCUGACUUUAUCGGCGGCCAAACUGCCUCCCAUUCUCACACUGUGAGUUCCAACCCCCAGACAAAGAAUCUUAGACCCUUCCCCAGACACCUACUAAUGAAGGCCUCAGUCAACCGUCCACAACAGAACGUUCAACAAUAUCACACUCCCAGCCAAGAGCUCCAGCACGCACAGUCGGCGAGUGAGACAGGUGACCCUCGCCUGGAUGGCACCCCGGAAGCCCAGCUGACCCACACAGAUGCUCAAGGCCGAGCAAGCAUGGUGGAUGUUGGCGGUAAAUCGCCGACGCGCCGAGCGGCCCAGGCCCGCGCCACCGUCCUGUUGAGCCCCGUCGCCUUCGGGCUGCUGCAGAAAAACCAGCUGGCAAAGGGCGACGCCUUGGCGGUCGCCCAGUUGGCCGGCAUCAUGGGCUCCAAACAGACAUCAGCCCUCAUCCCGCUCUGCCACCCGCUCCCGUUAGACCACACCUCGGUCAGCCUGGAACUGGAGCAGCGGCGCAACGCUGUGGUGGUCACGGCGUGGUGCCGCACCACCGGCAGGACCGGGGUCGAGAUGGAGGCUUUGACUGCGGUUUCCGUCGCAGCGUUGACUAUUUAUGACAUGUGCAAGGCUGUGAGCCAUGACAUCACCAUUACUGACAUCCAACUACUCAGUAAAACUGGGGGGAAGAGGGACUUUCUACCAACUACAUGAUGUGAGAUUUUUCCCCUGUGAGGUCUUCCAUUAUGCAGCUACUAGUUGACACUGGUCCUUAAAUUGACUGGACUUUAUUUUCCCUGUGUAAAAGCUCGAUUUAUUCUAGAUGUAAGGGUUUUUAAAAGAUGUAUUAAAUUUGUCAACCUGAAUAUUGCACAGAAAAUAUUAGAAACAUAUCUUAUACACCUAAAGCAACAAACUGUUUCAAUUGAUUUGGGUUGUCUUAUACACUCUGACCACUGGGUAGCGACAGAGGAGCUUCUCUUCAUGCUUUCUUCAUUCCCAAUCAGCCUUGAAAGUGUUUGUUGAUUUGAUAAGUGCAUUAAAGCUUACAGAUCACAUUGUGUCAGCUCAAGCUUACCUUCUCACCGUGUCCGUCGUUUCCAUCGAUUGAAGGAAUUGAACCAUCAACGAAACAGUCUUUCGGCGGAUCCUUCUCAAUAGUGACAAAAGACUCGUCCUUGAACAAUCACAUGUGGCAAGACUGCUGGGAAAAGGAAAUUUGAUGCUGGGGAUGGCUGCAAUGAAUUGUAUGGAUUGAUGCAUCCAACAACAAACAUUUUCAUCUUUCCACUUUGGCAUCCUUGACUUGUGUGCACUACUUGUUUGAUAGCCCCACCCCAAAUGAUGGACCCUAAUAGAUACGAACAGGUAACACCUGGACUGGAGGAGCUAUGUAUUUGUGCUGCAUUACACUCUGGCCACUGGGUGGCGACAAAAGCUCACAAAUAGCUUCUCUUCACGGUUACUUUCCUCAUUGGCCUCCAAAGUGUCUUAAAGAGGCAUUUGGAAAAUAAUCAAGAAUGCAAACUUAAUAACAAUAACCCACAAAAUCCAAGUUGGAAAUGUAUUUUAUUUUUAUUUAUUUUAAAUUAACAAACACAGCUAUUUACAUAUUGCUGUUUUUUUCUUUUUGGAUUUUGUUUUUUUUUAACACUUAAAGCAUUUGGAAAAUAAGUCAUAGUAGUUGAAAACAGGCAAUAGACAGUAGAUGACAUGUACAGUAGAAGAUUUACGUCAAUGGCUUUCCUAUGUGUGUUAAGGAGUUGCAAACUAUCUUGACUUACACAGAAUCUCUUUUUGGUUAUCAUUUCUUUUCUUUUUUUUGUCGCGCGGGAACAGAGAUUUCUUUUUGCAUCUGCAUGAAACCACACUCUAUUGCCAAAAGAGAAAAAGCAAAAUUUCCACCUAGGUAGCAGCAUAUUGUUAUCAUAUUAAAAUGUCAAUUUGUCUGCAUCCAGCGCAAGAUCAUUUAACCUUUAACACCCACAAAAUUCUUUCGGAAUGUUUGAAGCCUUUCCACUAUGACCGCUUUAUCCUUCUCAGUGCAAUUACCAACAUCUUUGUUACAAAAAGGCAUCAUAAAAAAUGGCCCAUGUUUGUGUUUCAACCCAGUUUAGAUGUCUUAUUAUUAUUCCUUCUGUAUUGCAAAACACUCUUAUGAUCUAGUUAUUGUUUUAAGCCAUUUAGGCCAAAGGUACCAAGUACCAAGUUUUUUCUUUCUUUGUUAUUUUUCCUUUAAAAAGACAGCUGUUACAAACACAGUAUAAACAGGGUUGACAUCAUUGACAGCUGGUGACAGUCUGCUUAGACCACAGUGGCUUUUUUUCAUAUUAGCGCAAAAAAAAUGCCUCCUUUUCUCUCUCACACAAAAACAAACGGAUUAGAAAUGUCAUACAAUGCUUUUUGGUUUGGUCGAACCUGACCUGCCCUUAGUGGCAGUGUUGACAAAGGUAAGACUUUUUUAUUUUCCCCCCACAAUGUGAGCAAAAAGGGCCAACGUGAGAGCCAGUGGAAAAAACGUUGUCCUCGUUGAAAUGUUUGAAAAAAAAAAAAAAAAAUUCCUGAUGUUGAACAGCGGCCCUGUUUGUUUAUUUUAUCCCUUUGGUACGACUAUCACACAGCCUGCGUUCUUUCAAGACGGCAUCACUAUAAAGAGCACACACACGUACACACACACACACACACUCAACGCACAUUUGUCUUAAAGUAUGUUGUAAAAAUCAGGUACAGAACCACUGAGGUGAAGCACACCAAUAUUAAUGUAGUCAAGUCACAUUGGCAAACUAGAUGGCUUUGACAAAGGCGCCAUCCAUUUGGAACAACCAAGACCAUGAUGCUUUUCUACAGGCAGAUGACGGAGGAAAGCACACAAAAUACACUUAAAGUCAAGGUCCAUGGCGGGAGGGGUCAGGACACAGCUUCAAAUAAAGUGUUUGCUCAUUUGCUUUCGUGUUGUGACCUCUUUCUGUUGAUUGGUCUCGGCAGAGUGCAAGUGGUCAUGGCUUUUAAU